ACAUCAAUAUUUUUUUAAUUUGCUUUUCUUUUGUACUUUUAGUUUAUAAUGAAGAAAUUUAGUUUGAUAGUUGCAGUAUGUGCUAAUGGAGGAAUUGGCAUUAAAGGAGAUUUGCCUUGGAGGUUGAAGCAAGAGUUGAAAUAUUUCUCCAGGAUGACAAAGAAAUUGCAAGACGCUACGAAACGCAAUGCCAUUAUCAUGGGACGGAAGACUUACUUCGGUGUACCGGAAUCGAAACGUCCACUUCCGGAGAGACUUAACAUCGUACUAACUCGCGAUCCCGGUGCUAACACAUACCCGGCCGAUGUAAUGGUAUGCACCGGUAUGCAGGAAGCUGUGAGCAAACUGGAUGAGUCUCCGCUCGUUGAUGAAAUCGAAAAUAUAUGGAUUGUGGGUGGUAAUGCUGUUUAUAAAGAAGCAAUGCAAUCUCCAAGAUGCCACCGGAUCUACCUCACGGAAAUUAAGAAAACCUUCGAGUGUGAUGCAUUCUUCCCCGAAAUCACCGACGAGUUUCAACUGGUGAAGAAUGAUGAAGACGUCCCGGAAGAGAUUCAGGAGGAAAACGGAAUCCAGUAUCAGUACCGCAUUUACGAAAAAGUUUCCAAGUGAUAUAAUUAUGGUCUU